CACUCUAAGCGCCGCGGUCCGUGGCCCACCGCGCACCCAGCAGGCCACCCUAAGCGCCGCGCCCUGGGCCCACACCGCCCUGCACUCCUGCCGCUCACAGCCGCUCCUGCAUUCCAGCAUCACCCACGUCCGUGCCUUCGCUGCCCCACUGAAUCCCCACGCGGAGCUGGGCAGUGCAGGGAGCCAGGCUAGCCUAUGGGAGCACCCAGAUAAUGCAGGUCGGGGGCGCCGGCGCCCCCCUUCCCCACCAGCAUGGCUCGGUCGCCGCCCCUCGGGGAUCUGCCCCCGGGCUACACACUCCCAGCUCUAUCCGCAGCACCCCAGAUCCUAGCCGGGACCUUGAAGGCUCCGCUCUGGCUCCGCGCUUACUUUCAGGGCCUGCUCUUCUCUCUGGGCUGUGGGAUCCAGAGACACUGUGGCAAAGCACUCUUCCUGGGCCUGUUAGCCUUUGGGGCCUUGGCCCUGGGUCUCCGCGUGGCAGUUAUUGAGACAGACCUGGAACAGCUCUGGGUAGAAGUGGGCAGCCGGGUGAGCCAGGAGCUGCAUUACACCAAGGAGAAGCUGGGGGAGGAAGCUGCGUACACCUCCCAGAUGCUGAUACAGACUGCACGCCAGCAGGGGGAGAACAUCCUCACACCUGAGGCACUUAGCCUCCACCUCCAGGCAGCCCUCACUGCCAGCAAAGUGCAAGUAUCGCUCUACGGAAAGUCCUGGGAUUUGAACAAAAUCUGCUACAAGUCAGGAGUUCCCCUUAUUGAAAAUGGAAUGAUUGAGCGGAUGAUUGAGAAGCUGUUUCCGUGUGUGAUCCUCACUCCCCUCGACUGCUUCUGGGAGGGAGCCAAACUCCAAGGGGGCUCUGCCUACUUGCCGGGUCGCCCAGAUAUCCAGUGGACCAACCUGGACCCACAGCAGCUGCUAGAGGAGCUGGGCCCCUUUGCCACCCUUGAGGGCUUCCGGGAGCUACUAGCCAAGGCACAGGUGGGCCAGGCCUACGUGGGACGCCCCUGUCUGCACCCCGACGACCUGCAUUGCCCACCUAGUGCCCCCAAUCGUCACAGCAGGCAGGCUCCCAAUGUGGCUCAGGAACUGAGUGGGGGCUGCCAUGGCUUCUCCCACAAGUUUAUGCACUGGCAGGAGGAAUUGUUGCUGGGAGGCAUAGCCAGAGACUCCCAAGGACAGCUGCUGAGGGCAGAGGCCCUGCAGAGCACCUUCCUGCUAAUGAGUCCCCGCCAGCUGUAUGAGCACUUCCGGGGUGACUACCAGACACAUGACAUUGGCUGGAGCGAGGAGCAGGCUGGCACGGUGCUGCAGGCCUGGCAGCGACGCUUCGUGCAGCUGGCUCAGGAGGCCCUGCCUGAGAACGCGUCCCAGCAAGUCCACGCCUUCUCCUCCACCACCCUGGAUGACAUCCUGCACGCCUUCUCUCAAGUCAGUGCUGCCCGAGUGGCGGGAGGCUACCUGCUCAUGCUAGCCUACGCCUGCGUGACGAUGCUGCGGUGGGACUGCGCCCAGUCACAGGGCGCUGUGGGCCUUGCUGGGGUGCUGUUGGUGGCCCUGGCAGUGGCCUCAGGCCUUGGGCUCUGUGCCCUGCUUGGCAUCACCUUCAAUGCUGCCACUACUCAGGUGCUGCCCUUCUUGGCGCUGGGAAUUGGCGUGGAUGACAUAUUCCUGUUGGCACAUGCCUUCACAGAGGCUCCCCCUGGCACCCCUCUGCAGGAGCGCACGGGGGAGUGUCUGCAGCGCACAGGCACCAGUGUCACACUCACCUCCAUCAACAACAUGGUCGCCUUCUUCAUGGCCGCCCUCGUUCCCAUCCCUGCACUGAGGGCCUUCUCCUUGCAGGCGGCCAUAGUGGUUGGCUGCAACUUCGCAGCUGUCAUGCUUGUCUUCCCAGCUGUCCUCAGCCUGGAUCUGCGCCGGCGCCACUGCCAGCGCCUCGAUGUUCUCUGCUGCUUCUCCAGCCCCUGCUCUGCCCGAGUGAUUCAGCUUCUGCCCCAGGAGCUGGGGGAUGGGACAGUACCAGUGGGCAUCACCCACCUGACCGCCACGGUUCAAGCCUUUACCCACUGUGAAGCCAGCACCCAGCAUGUGGUCACCAUCCUACCUCCCCAAACCCACCUGGUUGCCCCGGCCUCUGACCCACCGGGCUCUGAGCUCUUCAGCCCUGGAGGGUCCACACGAGACCUUCUAGGCCAGGAGGAAAGCACCAGGCAGAAGACAGCCUGCAAGUCUCCACCCUGUGCUCACUGGAAUCUUGCCCAUUUCGCCCGCUACCAGUUUGCACCCCUGCUGCUCCAAUCCCAUAUCAAGGUCAUGGUGCUGGUGCUCUUUGGGGCUCUUGUGGGCCUAAGCCUCUAUGGAGCCACCUUGGUACAGGACGGGCUGGCCCUGACCGAUGUGGUGCCUCAGGGCACCAAGGAGCAUGCCUUCCUGAGUGCCCAGCUCAGGUACUUCUCCUUGUAUGAGGUGGCCCUGGUGACCCAGGGUGGCUUUGACUACGCCUACUCCCAACGCGCCCUCUUUGAUCUGCACCAGCGCUUCAGUUCCCUCAAGGCCGUGCUGCCCCCGCCUGCCACCCAGGCACCCCGCACCUGGCUGCACUAUUACCGCGACUGGCUACAGGGAAUCCAGGCUGCCUUUGACCAAGACUGGGCUUCUGGGCGCAUCACCCACCAUUCGUACCGCAAUGGUUCUGAGGACGGGGCCCUUGCCUACAAGCUGCUCAUCCAGACUGGGGAUGCUCAGGAACCCUUGGAUUUCAGCCAGCUGACCUCAAGGAAGCUAGUGGACACAGAGGGACUGAUUCCACCCGAGCUCUUCUACGUGGGGCUGACCAUGUGGGUGAGCAGCGACCCUAUGGGUCUGGCAGCCUCACAGGCUAACUUCUACCCGCCGCCUCCUGAGUGGUUGCACGACAAGUACGACGCCACCGGGGAGAACCUGCGCAUCCCAGCGGCCCAGCCUCUGGAGUUUGCCCAGUUCCCCUUCCUGCUGCACGGCCUCCAGAAGACAGCAGACUUUGUGGAGGCCAUCGAGGGGGCCCGGGCAGCGUGCGCAGAGGCCAGCCAGGCCGGGGUGCAUGCCUACCCCAGUGGCUCCCCCUUCCUCUUCUGGGAGCAGUACCUGGGCCUGCGGCGCUGCUUCCUGCUGGCCAUCUGCAUCCUGCUCGUGUGCACGUUCCUCGUCUGUGCCCUGCUGCUGCUCAGUCCCUGGACGGCUGGCCUCGUGGUGCUGGUCCUGACGAUGAUGACCGUGGAGCUCUUCGGUAUCAUGGGGUUCCUGGGCAUCAAGCUGAGCGCCAUUCCUGUGGUGAUCCUCGUGGCUUCAGUAGGCAUUGGUGUCGAGUUCACAGUCCACGUGGCUCUGGGCUUCCUGACCACCCAGGGGAGCCGGAACUUGCGGGCUGCCCGUGCCCUCGAGCACACGUUUGCCCCCGUGACCGACGGAGCUGUCUCCACGUUGCUGGGUCUGCUCAUGCUCGCUGGUUCCAACUUUGACUUCAUAGUCAGGUACUUCUUUGUGGUGCUGACAGUGCUCACACUCCUGGGCCUCCUCCAUGGACUCGUGCUGUUGCCUGUGCUGCUGUCCAUCCUGGGACCCCCGCCAGAGGAGGUACAGUUGUACAAGGAGAGCCCAGAGGUCCUGAGCCCCCCGGCUGCACGGAGAGGUGGGCUCAGGUGGGGCGUGGCUCCCACCCCGCCCCAGAGCUUCGCCAGAGUGACUACCUCCAUGACGGUGGCCCUCUCCCCACCCCCGCUGCCUGGUGCCUAUGUCCACUCAGCCUCCGAUGAGCCCACCUGGUCCUCUGCCAUCACCCUAGCUGCCAACGGCUCUGACAACCUCAGUGCUAGAGGACCAUGUCCAGCCACUGCGUGAAAGCUGGUGAUCAGAACCCGCUCGGGCCCCAUGAAGUCACUGGGAAGCAACGGGUGGGGUACCAAAGGACCCUGCUGCGGCUGCUGUCACAUCUUCCCCAACUCAGCCAUCAAACAACUCCCUGAGACCCACACAGAGCAGCCACUGGCUAGCGUGUCAGCAGCACGGCAUGCUGAGCCAUGUGUGCCUGGGUCUGUGUUCUGGUGGGGCCGAAAGCCCAGCACUGCAGCGCAGCCCUGCCCCAAGUCCUGUCCACACUGCUGCUGCCCAGCACACACAGCCUGAGGGUCCUCUCCCACGGCUUGCCAGUCCUGGCCCCCAAUGCUGCGUGGCUUCUGGGAGGCACUCUGAAUCCUUGCUCACCUCCUCCACCUAAGUUAUUUAUAUGAAGAUGUUUAUUUUUGUAGUACAUAUCGAUGUUAGCUAUGCUGAAAGUUUUAUUUUUAAAGAAUGAAAUAUAUUCUAUAUGAACGCAUUUUGAAGGACUUUAGUGCUUUGCUUUGGACAGCGUUAGGAGUCUGCAAAUGAAGAUCAGACAUUAGAGGUGACUUGUGGGGUGCUUCUCUCUAGUUCUGAGUGGGAAAGACCCCAGAUUCUGAAUUCCUGUCAUAUAUUUGCACCAGGAUCCGGACUAAGUGCUUUAGUACACAAAAUGAUACAGUUUUUUGGUGUUACGCCCUGCUGUGUGGCAGCCCUGCCCACCUCUCCAGACUCAUCUCCCACCUUCUGGUUUGGUCUGACAGGGGGUAUGGGCAGAGGGGCUAAGCCAUGCAGCAGGGAGGGGACAUGCAAGCAGAUCGGACAGUGGCCAGCUGAAGCAGACACAGGACAGCAGGGCCUAGGGAGAUAAUGUAGGAGGUGUGCACAUGGGAAGGAAGCCAGGGCCCAGAGCAACCUGCAAGGCAAAGGUUUCUGGGUUUGCAGUCAGCCUGAUGGGGGGGGCUGUUCAGAAAUUUAGCAGCCAGUGAGGACACCGUGUUUAAGCUUUUGGUUCUGUGAAGGUUGAAGGGCCCUACUGUGCAGAGACCUUGAGCAGUCUGGCCAUGCCCCUGGGCUGGAGCACAGAGCCUCACCUAAUGGGGUGGGACAUCUUUUAUAGUCCUUUGCCAACUAUCCCUGGGCUCAGUCUCAACUGAGAGACAUACACACCCAGGAUAUUCCAACCACCU